AAAGACGUGUGAGUUGUGUUAGCUGAGUAACAGUUAAUUCACUCAAUAUAUUACAAGUCUUCUUGUUCUGGAGUUUUUUGCACACAUGUUGAUCACAUAGGUUAAGCUGAAUUCAUCAUGAGUCAAACCAGUUUUAUCACAAAUCUGCUUGGUGAAGAACUGUGUAGUAAUGGUGACAACGAGCGAAUAAAAACUGAGGAUAUGUGUGGGCCGGGAAAGGUUAUUGGCUUAUACUUUUCGGCUCACUGGUGUCCACCCUGCCGAGCAUUUACACCUGACUUAAUCAAUUUCUAUAACAAUUUUAAUUGUAGUGCCAAGAAAGGAAGUUUUUCAAUAGUUUUUGUCAGUUCGGAUGAAGAUGAAGAGAAAUUCGAGGAAUACUUUAAGGACAUGCCGUGGCAUGCUAUACCUUUUAGAGAGAAAGAAAGAAAAACUGAUCUCUUCAGAUUGUUUAGGGUCCACAGUAUCCCAUCUUUGGUUUUGAUAGAUGGUGCUUCUGGGGAAGUUAUCACCACACAUGGACGUGACUGUGUCUCUGAUGAUCCAAAGGGUGAUGGUUUCCCGUGGAGACCAAGGGACCCCAAGCAGGUUUUACGAGAACUAACUCUUCUUACCCCUGAACGAAAAACCAUCAAGUUUGAAUCUCUCAAUGGUUAUGUGAAAGGCUUAUAUUUUUCAGCUCACUGGUGUCCUCCAUGUAAAGCAUUCACUCCUCAGCUGGCUGCCACCUAUCAGAAACUCCAAGAAGCAGGUAAAAAAUUUGAGGUAAUAUUUGUGAGCUCAGACCGAAGUGAAGACUCAUUUCAACAGUACUUCAGUAUCAUGCCUUGGCUGGCAAUUCCUUAUAGUGACGAGAAGAGACGGAAAGAACUGGCUGUUCUCUAUGGAGUUGGAGGUAUCCCCACUCUAGUUUUGAUUGACGAACUUAACAACCUCAUUACUAAAGAAGGAAGAAUAGAAAUCAAUGAAGAUCCAGAGGGCAUGGAAUUUCCUUGGAGACCAAAACCAGUUGAAGAGUUGACAGAGAAACAUGCAUCACGUCUGAAUGAAGGACCAUGUGUUAUCAUGUUUACUGAAGGAGAGGAGAGUGACCUGGAGGCUGCAUAUCAGCUUAUGCUACCUGCUGCUGAGGAAUAUGCUUCUAAUGAGAACGGAGCUCGGAACUCGGGCCAAACUUCUAACUUGAAAUUCUUUUAUGGUGGAGAUGCUGAUAUUUGUGAAUCUCUCCGUGAGUUUGCUCAGCUAGGUGACCAGGUUCCUCAACUUGUCAUCACCAACAUUCCAGAAGGUAAAAAGUACGUCCUAGAAGAUGACCAGGAAAUCACCGCCAGUGUGGUUCAAACCUUUGUGUCUCAGUUUCUUGAUGGAAAAUUAACAUCGUCUACCUUGCGAACAUGAUACUUAUCUUGUAUCUGUCCUUCAAGAGACAGCAUUAAGAAAGUUUGGGUUUAUAAAUUAAUAAUUCUCCAUAUUUUUUGGUGUAUUAUAUAAUAGCCUGCAGUUGCACCGUAUUUUUACGUACUUCAGUUUGGAGAUUAAUGUCUGGAUAUUAAAAUUUUUUAAUCAAUUUUCUAAUGCUGUAUUAGCAUGUAAAUUAAGGGAUGACUCAUUAGAUUGUAUUUUUGAAAAAAUUGUCAUACAUUCAAGAAUAUCUAAACAUCCCUUCUAUUUGACAAAAGAAAAUUACAGUUGAAUUUACUUUACUUAACAGAUAAUUAUUUCUGAAUAAAAUUUUAAUCCUUCUUGACUUAAGUUGUCAGAUAUGCAUUUUUAGGUUUAAAUAAUCAUUUGUUAAUUUUUUACAUUUAUUAAACUUUUAUACAUUAAUGAAAUUUAUGUUACUCUUUUUUUGUGACGUUAGAAAAUGAACUGUUGGGUUCUUCUUAGUAUUAAUGUAAUCUUUCUCACUCACUUGUAAAAAUACUAAAAUAUCUUACACUUAAGUUUCUUUUGUGCUUAGAAUAACCUUGCUUAUGUCAUCAUUUUAAAAGGUAUAUCAACACAAGAUUCUUUGAACUGUGAGGAUUAAUGGAUGAUGUAGCAUUUUUAUUCUGGUUUUGCUUUCUUGAUUAAUUAUAAUAAGUAAACACUUCCACUUACAAAUAUUUAUUAAACUUCUCAGUUGUUUCGUUUUUACAUGCAACAAAGUGAUGAUGGAUGAACAUGUAUUUACUUGUUGGUGUGUUUGUUGCUAUACGUCUAAUUGUACAUACUUAAUACAUUUUAUGUUUAUUUGUGAUUAGUCUUAGUAAUUCAUUUUAUUUUUUAUUAUGUUCAGAAAGUGAAACAAAAUUUUCAUAUAUUUAGUUUAUUGGAAAUGGUGUGCUUAAAUUAACCAGAGGUUUGGAAGUAUUGGUGUCUGCAGAAGAUUUGAGUGAAAAUAACCUGUAAUAUUACGGUGGCUAGUUUGCAGCUUCAUUGGCCUUUUUUUGUUAGUAAGAUAAUAAUUACCUUAACUAAUAAAUGUACUUUUUUUAAGUAUAAUUGCUUAACAACCUAAGUUAAGCCAUUACCUUUUAACACUAAAAGACUGAGGUAACUGAGGUGUUCAUUUGUUUUUUAGUGACUCUGCUAUGGAGACAGUUUAACUGUUGAAGAUGGUGUUGACAUAUAUAAGGAAACAUUUUCUCAUUUCUUUGAUUACAGUAUCUCUUUGUUUUAAUGAAGAAAUCCUGCUUGCUUUAAACAUGGCAAUUAAACCUUUGUCUGUUCAUACCUUCACUUUUUUUGAAAUACAUAACAAUUGUUCAUUAUUGGUUUUAGUUGAAACUAAUAGUGUUCUUCAUAUUGAAAGAUGUUAUGAUUUUUGAUUGUGUGGAACUAAGAUGCAUUUAUGAUUUUCAUUCAACAUAACUAAUGUUACCAAUCACAUUAUAUAUGUAUGACAAAGCAUAGAAUAUCACAAAAAUGUGCUGGAUAAAAGGACAAUCACUUUAAAAGGUUUUAUAAAAUAACUGGACAUAAUAACUUAACCAUACGAAAAUCAAAACUCUUGAUUAUCUCUAAUUUGCUUGAACAUGAAACUUGUAUCUUUCUUCAUAGCCAGUCACUGAACCCUUUGAAAAGCCAAGAUGGCUAUUGAAAAUGUUUAUUUAAAGGUUAUCUUAUCUGUUAAUCUAUUCUUGUUCUUUUGUUUUUCAAUUUUACAAAAUACAAAGAUAUUCUUGUAUCAAAUCGAAGGAUUUGAAAAUUUUUUAUUUAGGAAAUUAAUACAAUUUUCCCAAAAGAUCUUUUUAUUUUAAUUUUAAAUGUAGUGAUUAAUUCAGUGAGUGAAUCUAAAAUAACUUGUAUAGCUAAAUUCAUAAUUAUUAUCUAAUUAGUUGACUGAUUUGUCUGAGAAGUUAAAUAAUAUUUGUCAGUAGUUUACCAGUUUACUUAGUUUGAGAAUCUAGAAGUAACUUCCAAUUGGUUGACUAAGUCUUGGAAGUUAUAUAAUACUUGUCAAUAGUUUACUUAGUUUGAAAAUCUAGAAGUAACUUCUGAUUGGUUGACUACAUCUUAGAAGUUAGAUAGUACUUGUCAGCAGUUUACUUAGUUUGAGAAUCUAGAAGUAACUUCCAAUUGGUUGACCAAGUCUUGGAAGUUAGAUAAUACUUGUCAGUAGUUUACUUAGUUUGAGAAUCUAGAAUAACUUCUGAUUGGUUGACUAAGUCUUGGAAGUUAGGUAAUACUUGUCAAUAGUUUACUUAGUUUGAAAAUCUAGAAGUAACUUCUGAUUGGUUGACUAAGUCUUGGAAGUUAUAUAAUACUUGUCAGUAGUUUACUUAGUUUGAGAAACUAGAAUAACUUCUGAUUGGUUGAUGAAGUCUUGGAAGUUAGAUAAUACUUGUCAGAAGUUUACUUAGUGUGAGAAUCUAGAAGUAACUUCUGAUUGGUUCACUGAGUGAGUGUGAGAAGUGUAUGAAGAAUGAGCUAAGAUGUUAUAAGUAAGAACUCUGCCUUGUACUUCACAUGCAAUAAUAUUAACCCUGACAUUUUCUCUUCUAAGUAAAACUACAGAUGCUUUAUCACCAAGUGGAACCAUGAUUGUACGUAAUGUAGCAUUAAAACUGA